CUCCCACUACCGCUCUUCUACUCCUACCUCCUGCUGCUGCUGCUUCUCUCCCCCGCGCGCGCGUUUCUUGUUAGUCAGUUGUCACUGCGCCCGCGCGGCCUUUUCCGGAGCCAAUCGGACUCGAACAUGAGAGCCAAGUGCCUCAAGAUUCUGUUGCUGGUGUCUCUGAUCCCUCUGGCGCUCAGGGCGAGCUCGCCUCUCCUCGGCCAUGGCGUGCCAUCAUCGUCUCAUCACCAAUCCUGGACCAGGAGAAGGAGCACUACCGCUACUGCUACCGGCGUGAGCGUCUCCACUUCGGUGCACAAGGGGUACCAUCACCAGACGAGGCACCGGAGGAGGAUGGGGAGCAGCCUCGCCGCCUUCGACACGAGGCGGCUCCGGCAGGACGACGGCGACGGCUGGUUUGACGACGAGAAGCGGCUGGCGCCGGUGGGGUCCAACCCGCUGCACAACUUACGAUGACGGCGUCGGUGCCGCUGCCUUGCCGGCCGGCUCGUCUCGGUGCAUGUAAGUUUGCAAGUCAACAAGAAUGCGAUGGGAUAUGAUGAGGUUUUGCUGCUCCGGUAACAAUAACAUAUCUCUGCCCUCAACAUAUGAUUUCUUUAUAUGAUUU